AUGUCUAAACUCAUCGUCGUUCUAGGUGCUACAGGUGGCCAAGGCGGAUCCAUUGUCGAGUCAUUUCUCAAGCUACCAGGUUGGCGAGUUCGUGGUUUGACACGAAAUGCUAGCAGUGGGAAAGCUAAGGCCCUCUCUGCUAGAGGCGUCGAGGUUGUGGAAGCCAACACCGAUGACCAGGCUAGCCUUGAAAAGGCCUUUCAUGGUGCAAGUGCAAUUUUUGCCUUCACUAAUUACUACGACUAUUUCUUUCAAUUGGGACCCGAGAAGUCUAUGGCUCGAGAGCUGGAACAAGGGAGUAACUUGGCUCGAGCUGCAGCAACCGUCCCUAAUCUAGAACGAUAUGUUUGGAGUACUCUGCCCAACACUGAUUUAGUGUCAAAGGGGAAUGCGGUAGUUCCGCAUUUCCAGGGCAAGGCCAAUGUCGACCUGUUCAUCAAGGAGAAUCUUCCCGAUCUCUACGAAAAGACUACUUUUGUGAUGUUCACAAUCUUUGCGGCAAAUCUGAGCCUUUAUGAGAUUUUCCGGCCGAUCUAUCUAUCCGGUGCCAAAAAGUGGGUUCAAUUCUACCCUGUUCAUCCCGAUACACCGUACCCGUCAAUCGGUGACCAUCAGGUCAACAGCGGUAUAUUCGUUCAAGGGGUGAUUGAGAACCCUCCUCCUCCUGGAACAUAUGUUAAAUGCCAAGUCGAGGAGCUCACUAUCGGCUCGUUUCUUGCUGCUUGGGGCCGAGCCAGUGGCCUUAGCCCAGAGCCGAAUUCUACAACGGUUGUUCAACUCCCAAUGAAUCAAUAUGUCGACAUCUGGGGGGAAAUGGGAGAGGAACAGGCCAGUCAAUGGCGUUUCUUCCAGUAUUUGAAGGACGCGCAGAUUGAUCCCGCCAAAGUCGAAGGGUACAGAAUCGUUGAAGGGAAGGACAUCUUGUCCGAUCAGGCCAAGGCAGCACUGGUGCUCACCGAGGAAGGAAUGAGAACUAUGGAUUGGUCAAGUUAUCGCUCGACCAACUAG